AUGAACGAGAUCCCGGACCUGGCAUCCCAGUCCUCCUUGGGGGUGGUCUCUGCCACCUGCGUCUCCAAAGUGGAGCUGCGGGUCAGCUGCAAACACCUGCUCGACCGGGACACGCUCAACAAGUCGGACCCCUGUGUGGUGCUGCUCAUGCAGUCCCAGGGCCAGUGGAUGGAGGUGGACAGGAGCGAGAUCAUCAAGAGCAACCUGCACCCCGUCUUCUCCAAGGUCUUCACGGUGGACUAUUACUUUGAGGAAGUGCAGAAGCUGCGGUUCGAGGUGUACGACAGUCACGGGCACUCCAGCCUCGGGACACACGAUGACGACUUCCUGGGGGGCAUGGAGUGCACCGUGGGCCAGAUCGUGGCCCAGAAGCGGGUGACCAAGCCGCUGUUUCUCAAGUACGGGAAGUACGCCGGCAAGUCCACCAUCACGGUGCUGUCAGAGGAGAUUUCCGGCAACAACGGCUAUGUGGAGCUGGCGUUCCGGGCCAAGAAGUUGGACGACAAGGAUCUCUUCAGCAAGUCGGAUCCUUUCCUGGAGAUCUACCGGAUCAACGACGACGGGAGUGAGCAGCUGGUGUACCGCACCGAGGUGGUCAAGAACAACCUGAGCCCCGUGUGGGAACCGUUCAAGGUCUCUCUGAACUCGCUGUGCAGCUGUGAGGAGAAGAGGAAGCUGAGGUGUGUGGUCUGGGACUACGACUCCCGGGGAAAACACGACUUCAUCGGAGAGUUUUACACCACGUUUGAGGAAAUGCAGAAAGCAAGUGGGGAGAACAAGGUCCAGUGGGACUGCAUGAACCCAAAGUACAAAAUCAAGAAACGAAAUUACAAGAACUCAGGCGUGGUCAUCUUACUGGAUCUGAAGCUCCACAGGGUCUACUCCUUCCUGGAUUACAUCAUGGGCGGAUGCCAGAUCCACUUCACGGUGGCUAUUGACUUCACGGCGUCGAACGGAGACCCCCGGAACAGCUGCUCCCUCCACUACAUCAACCCCUACCAGCCCAACGAGUACCUGAAGGCCCUGGUGGCAGUGGGAGAGAUUUGCCAGGACUACGACAGCGAUAAGAAAUUCUCCGCCUUAGGGUUUGGUGCAAGGAUCCCACCCAAGUACGAGGUUUCCCAUGAUUUCGCCAUCAACUUCAAUCCAGACGAUGACGAGUGUGAAGGAAUUCAGGGCGUGGUGGAAUCCUACCAGAACUGCCUGCCGAAAAUCCAGCUCUACGGCCCCACCAACGUGUCCCCCAUCAUCUCCAAGGUGGCCAGGGUGGCGGCGGCGGAGGAGAGAACGAAGGAGGCCUCUCAAUACUACAUCCUGCUGAUCCUGACGGACGGGGUGGUGACCGACAUGGCAGACACGCGGGAGGCCAUCGUGCGGGCCUCCUACCUCCCCAUGUCCAUCAUCAUCGUAGGGGUGGGCAAUGCGGACUUCACCGACAUGCAGAUCCUGGACGGGGACGACGGGGUCCUGCGCUCCCCGAAGGGGGAGCCCGUCCUCCGGGACAUCGUGCAGUUCGUCCCCUUCAGAGAGUUCAAGAACGCCUCGCCCACGGCCCUGGCGAAGUGCGUGCUGGCCGAGGUGCCGAAGCAGGUGGUGGAGUAUUACAGCUACAAGGCCCUGCCGCCCCGGUGUCCCAAAGCCGAUUCGCCCAACUCCACCCUCAACUCGCCCCAGUGA